ACGAGGACGGCGUCGUUCACUCGCGCUCUUAUUUUGAAGCGCGUGCCCGCGCGCCGCUCUCGUGCUGCUGUUGGAGCGAAAUGGCGGACGGUGUGGAUCACAUCGAUAUUUACGCGGAUGUGGAGGAAGAGUUUAACCAGGAAGCAGAUUACCCUGUGCAUGAACAGAUAGACCUGUAUGAUGAUGUCAUCUCGCCAUCUGCCAAUAACGGAGAUGCUCCUGAGGACAGAGAUUAUCUGGACAACCUCCCAGCCCCAGGGGGCUCUGAGGGAAGCAAAGGGCCUCCAUCAAAUGUUGUCUACACUUACACAGGCAAAAGGAUCGCACUUUACAUCGGCAACCUCACCUGGUGGACCACAGAUGAAGAUCUAACAGAGGCCAUUCGCUCCAUAGGCAUUAAUGAUGUGCUGGAGAUCAAGUUUUUUGAGAACAGGGCUAACGGCCAGUCUAAAGGGUUUGCGCUGGUCUGUGUGGGUUCGGAUGCCUCCUCCAGGAAGCUGCUGGACCUGCUAUCUAAGCGAGAGCUGCAUGGACAGAACCCAAUUGUAACUCCCUGCAACAAACAGUCACUCAGCCAGUUUGAGCUGCAGUCACGAAAGAGUACUCAGUCAGGGCAGAUGUCGGGAGAGGGUAAGGCCGGGCCUCCAGGUGUGGGGCCCCGUGGUGGCUUCCCCCUGGGCAGGGGUCGAGGGCGUUUUCCAGGUCCUGCGGGCCCUGGCGGGGACCGGUUACCUGGACCUGUUGGACCUGGAGCACCCCUGCCAAACUUUCCAGGAGGUAUGCAAGGCCCCCCUCGACCACCACCUGGACCGCCAGGUCUGCCAUGCCCCCCUGGUCCCCCACCCCCUGGUCAAGGUCUUCCCCCGCCCCUCUCCGGCCCUCCCAACAGAGGCGACCGCCCUCCUCCGCCUGUCAUGUUCUCUGGUCAGUUUGGUCAACCCCCAAUGGGUCCCAUGCCCCCUGGCCCACCUCCACCAGGCUAUGGUCCUCCUCCAGGUCCACCCCCACCACAACAAGGCCCACCCCCUCCUGGCCCAUUCCCUCCCCGCCCACCUGGUCCUAUUGGUCCACCUCUGGCAUUGGCCCCUCCCCCUCAUAUGCGCGGCCCUCCUCCUGGUGGCCCACCCCCAGCCCCCCAUGUCAACCCUGCCUUCUUCCCUCCACCGGGGAACAAUAACAUGCCCUCAUCAGACAGCAGAGGCCCGCCUCCAAAUGACCCGUACGGACGCCCGCCUCCAUAUGACAGAGGAGAUUACGGCCCCGGCAGGGAUAUGGAUGCAGCUCGGGCCCCACUGAGUGAGGCAGAGUUUGAGGAGAUAAUGAACCGGAACAGAGCAAUUUCCAGCAGUGCUAUAUCAAGGGCUGUUUCAGAUGCCAGUGCAGCGGAUUACGGCAGUGCUAUUGAAACUCUGGUGACUGCCAUUUCAUUAAUCAAGCAGUCGAAAGUGUCAGCUGAUGACCGCUGCAAAGUUCUCAUCAGCUCCCUGCAAGACUGCCUGCAUGGCAUUGAGUCCAAAUCCUACGGCUCUGCUUCCAGCAGACGAGAGCGUUCCCGGGAGAGAGACCACAGCCGUUCUCGUGAGAAAAGCCGCCGUCACAAGUCUCGCAGCCGUGAUCGGCACGAGGACUAUUACCGCGAGCGCAGCCGUGAGCGUGACCGCCACCGUGAGAGAGACCGUGAUCGCGAGAGAGACCGCGACAGAGAGAGGGAAUACCGCCACCGUUAAAAGGAGAGGAAAGCUAAACCGAAGAGGAGGAGAAGGAGGAGCAUCGCAAGCACCUUGCACUCGUCCAUCAGCACCCUUCAUCCCUCCAUCACCAGGAGGACAAGACUUGGCCUGUGCUUCGCGGUGCUCCAGGACAGAUCUGUAAAAAGAAAGCAAAUGCAUAUACACACUCUUAAUUCCCAACAGCUUUUUUAUUUUUUGCAUUUUAUUUGAUGAGAUACUUGUGUAAUUUGAAAAAAAAAAGUAUGUUCAGCUUUUCAGCGGAAGAGAAUAGCCUGCCUGCUCUAUCCUCAACCAGAAUACAAAAACUGACUGCUAUAACGUGUAAUUUGUCAGCUAAACAUGUUUUUAUAGGGAACUUUUGGUUUCAUCCCUUCCCCCUUUACCUUCUUCAUAAUGUUUGUAAGUGUCUAUGCCUUGAUUUAUUAAAUAGACUCUGUGUUGUAAUAAAGUGUUUACUGGGGUUGCCAUGUGUUCAUACUCUUGAGUUCCUUGAUGCAUUAGUACUGCAGUAAGAAUAGUUAGGUUUGCGCUGGGGCCGUUUAGUGUGUAGGGGGAAAAACGACCCCCUUGUGCCAUGAUGCCUUUGAAUUCAGGACCUGCUCAGCAGUGAUGUUUUGUGAAGUGUUUUUUUUUUGUUUUGUUUGUUUGUUUUUUUAAAGCACAAAAUAUGAAUACAUUACACUGUAAAUGUGCCAGAAAGGCUUCUUUGGACUGGGGUUUAACAGAUAUAAAACAUUUGAGGCAAACACAGAUUCUGAAAGGUUAAACAUUCUGAUGUUGGCUGGAACAAUUUUAUGUUGGCUGUUUAAGGGUUAACCCCGUUAUUGCGAUGGACUGAUGCAGAUAGAGGAAAAACAGAUCAAGAACCACUUUGGUCCCCAGUACAGCCUUUCAUUUCAAUGGUUCUUUAAAGGGGUCCAUUGAAAGGAGCUUCAGGAACCAAACAGUAGUUGUUCUUUGGCACUCUAAAGAACCCCUUUUUGGCACUAUUAAUUUUAAGAUUCUAGUUGAGCUUUUAGAGGUUAGCUCACUUUUCUUGUACAUUCCAGUGCAGGUUUUUUUUGGAAGUAGCUUGAUUGAAAGCAAUUUUGGACGUCUGAGCCACCAGCUGUAACCUGUGAACUGAUGGUUUACUCCAUUUGACAGAUAUGAAAGUUUAUUGCACCGAUUCCUCUUUUUGUUUGUGGUGUUUUCUUUGUCCCUUUUUAUUUAUUUAUUUUAUUUUACUCCCUCGACAACACUAAACUACUUGAAAUUUUGAUGCACUGUCAUAGUAGAAGUGAGGUAUUUGGUUUAACAGCCACUUUAAUGUUUGCAUAUACACAGUGUAACUAAUGUCAGUGUCUGAGUAUAUGCAUAAACAGGCUGUUACUGUAUCAUUCUUUGUUCUGAUUACGAACUUCAGAUGUUCCCUGAAAAUGUCGUGUAAAAAGCUUGUGACGGACGUGGAAAUGUAACAUGUUAAUGAGAUUUUUGAUCAGGCCCCAUAUGUUGUUUUAGAGGAAGGUCUGUGAUGAUAUUUCAGAUAGUUGAGUUGGAUAUUAAGCAGCAAAAUAGUAACACAUGGGCGUUUUUACUUGGACAUUGCACCCGUGUUAGGAAUUGGUGAUUUCAGUAGGGAAAUGUCAAGAAUUUAUGGAAGAUCCUGUUAUGUUAUUAACAAGAACUUCACCUGAAAAUUUAACUCUGUUCAGAAUGCAACCCGACUGCUUUUAAUGCAUUGUGAUGGUAGGUGUGAGGUAUUUGGGGACAGCAUGCUUGAUCUUUGCAUAUACACAGUGUAGUCACUGUCAUACACAUGACUGAUUGUUAAUGUACCAACCUUUGUCUCAAUUACGAGCUUUAGAUGUACCCUAGAAAUGUCCCGUUUAAGACUUAUGAUUAACAUUGAAUGUAAUAUUACUCCAAAUUUUUGACAAGUUGUCCGGACAUCAGCUUGUAUAUGUAUGUAUUCUAGCUAAAAGUAGUAGCGUUUAUGAUAUUAAGCACUAAGAUAGUGAGGCAUCAUGGGCAUUUUACUUGCAUUUGGUGCAGGUUCAUUUCAGUAGAGACAUGGGGACAAGAAUUUCAAAAAGCUGUAAAUUUUGUUAUUAACCAAGUAAUGUUUUAAUGUGUUAACAGGAGCUUCACCCAAAAAUUGUAUUCCAAUUUAGGUCAACUUUUCACUAACUUGCUGAGCAAAAGCCUUUUGAGCUACUAAAUGUGCUCAAAAACAUCAAUAUGAAAAGCUCAGUAUAUACCCACUUUGAAAACAUUUAGCAGUUUUCAGAGAUUUUAAAAUCUAUAUGAUUUUUGGGUGACAUUUGUUGGUGAACACUUGUAGAGUUGACGGUUGAAAGUUGGAGUAAGGACAUGUUAGGCUGCUUUUCUUAUGAAUGAGUGACCGUCAGCUGAAGCAGAAAAGUGGAGUCUUCAGGCCCUUCCUGUCUGGCCUCCAGGAGUAGAAGGUAAGUUUAUUGUAGCUUCACACAGAGUUAUAAAUGUCCCUAGGUUAUAGUUGUAGUUCAGGUAUCUUUAUUUAUUAAUUUUUGGAUUGCUGUUUAACUCUUGAAACUGAACAUGUAGGUGUAAUUUGAAUUUCUGUCCACAUGCUUUCAAAUGUUUUCACUAUAUUAGUGAUGUUCUCAGGAAAACAGCUUUAAGGUCAGGCUUGUGUUUGCAACUUAUCACAAGUGUUGACCACAGGUAGGUUUUUAAUUUUGACUGAUGCAAACGAGGGCACUUGGUCCUGUGGUAUAUUUGGCGCAUUUGAAAGGCAGCCCAUGAUAACUUCAUUUCAACAGUGCUUCAGCUGGAAUUCGAACAGUCAGAUUCAGCCCAUUUUUCGUGAAUGGACUAAUUAGGCUGGGUGAGAAGCACGUGGCUUUAUGUACUCAGCAAUUCACUGACUUUGUUAUUGUAGCUAUUUUGACAGUUCAUCAAUAAAUUUUACAAAAGCA